ACAGCGAAUCUGCUUUGUAUGUGGCCGUAGUUCGUAGCCUUGAGACGGGGCGCCUGGCAGUCGAGGCCUGAUGCAUGUGACGCGGUGCACGAUGACAAGGGACAGUACCAGAACGGGAAACUGUGCGCUAGUGCUGUCAUAACUCCGAAGAUGUUGAAUUGUUAUCUAAAUGAGAAGGGAGGCGGUAUCACAGUGUGUGCUCACAUUUAAUAUGAAGACCCCCAAUAUACGCAAAAUACUCAUAAAUAAUGACUGACACGCAUAUUAACGGAAGUGUUCACGAUGACAUCUUAAUGACACCUACGUCGCCAGAUUCAGAUUUUGAUGUAUUACCUACAGAUCAUACGGAUCUUGGUGAUUCAGAUGGGCUAAGUCCAGGCGAAGGCAAAGAAAAUGAAGUCUUUGACGAUCCAAAGGUGAUACCAUUCCGUACAAUUCACAACACUCCAUUAAAAUUUAAAUCUCCACAGCGCAAAGUUUUCAUUCCUAAUGAAGAUAUUCAGGUCAAAAUUGUGGAUUAUGAAAGAAGUGUCACUACUCAUCUUCUAAAUCCUAAUUUGUAUGUAAUACAACUAACACAUGGUGAAUUCACUUGGGAAAUAAAGAAACGGUAUAAGCAUAUUCAGCAUUUACACCAACAGUUGAAAAUCUAUAGGGCCUCUUUGAAUGUGCCAUUUCCCACUAAGGCACACAGAGAACGAAGGACAAGUUUCAGAAAUGAUUUGGCAUCAUCUUCUGGAGAUAAAAAGGCAAAACGAUCUGCUUUACCACGGUUUCCAAAUAAACCUGAAGCUUUGGUUCCAUAUGAAGAUGUAGACAAGCGGAAAGAACAACUUCAAGAUUACCUUAACAAUCUAUUGAAAAUAAGAUUGUAUCGUAACCAUCAUGAAACAGUUAACUUUCUGGAAGUGAGUCAAUUAUCUUUUGUGAAAGAGCUUGGCGAUAAAGGAAAAGAAGGACCGAUUUUGAAAAGAACUGGAAGUACUCGUCCAGGACAAGGAUCAUGCAAUUUCUGUGGCUUGCUCGACAGUAGUUUAUGCAUAAGAUGCAAAUACAUAUGUACAGACAUUUGUGGUAAAUGGAGAAACCGGUGGCUGUUUGUGAAGGACACAUACAUGGGUUACAUACGUCCCAAAGAUGGAUCUGUAAAAUGUGUGCUGCUUUUUGAUGGUGGCUUUGAAGUAUCGUCUGGUAUAUAUACUACAAGUAUGAGUCGGGUUUUGCAAAUCACCAAUCUUUCUCGUCAAUUGGUUAUUAAAUGUUGGACCCGGAGAAAGAGAAAAGAAUGGAUAUCCUGUUUAAAAGAAAUUGCUAAUGGAAAAGCAAAAGAGUUCACACAGAAAAAUAGGUAUAAUUCAUUUGCUCCCAAUCGUGAAUCAAUGCGAGCUGCAUGGUUCGUGGAUGGUUGUACAUAUAUGGCUGCAGUAGCAGAUGCUCUGGAAUCUGCAGAGGAAGAAAUCUUCAUUGCUGAUUGGUGGUUAAGCCCUGAAAUCUACAUGAAAAGACCAGCACUUGGAGACACAUGGCGACUCGAUACUAUUUUGAAAAGGAAAGCUGAAGAAGGUGUUAAGAUAUUUGUUUUGUUGUACAAAGAAGUUGAACUGGCAAUGGGAAUAAACAGCUACUAUAGUAAGCAGCGCUUAGCAUGUUCACAUCCGAACAUUAAGGUUUUGCGGCAUCCUGAUCAUGCAAAAGCAGGUGUUUUUCUCUGGGCACAUCAUGAGAAAAUAGUUGUAAUAGAUCAAACAUAUGCAUUUCUGGGUGGAAUUGAUUUAUGUUAUGGUCGCUGGGAUGAUUAUAAUCACAGACUUACAGAUUUAGGGAGUGUAUCACAAACACUUGGACCUUUCCUGCCAUCGCGUCGGAAGCAGACCUCCAGUCGACCUUUGGGCGAAGCAAAUCAUCCUCAUUCGCUUCUUCAUUUAGCAGUCGCUUCUAAUGUUGUCUCUUUAGGUGCUCUAGGUGGUUCAAGCCCAUGCCUUCAUGGUUCUCUCCCUCUUGGCCUGGGCUUGAAAGCAAAAGCACAAAUUGGCUCUGUUUCAUCGUGCUCUUUCUGCUCUGCUCAUGCCAGCGAAGAGACAGAGGAGACGACAGACCUGGAGAUCCCAGAGCCCCCGCCUCUGCAGAGGACUGUCACUAUGGCCUCACCUGCACCCGACCUUGUAGCCUCUGAAAUGCCCCUUGAAAAUGCCAAAUGUGAUACACCUACUAUGGAGAGACGCAAUAUUAUGGAUAAAGUUCGUCAGACUACUGAAAACGCUAAAUCUAAGGGGAAAGAGUGGAUCCACUGGUUGUAUCAGAGUACAGAUUUUGACAGUAGUGAUGAAGAGACCCAGGAAGUAGAGAGUGGUAUACAAAUUGCAGAACCUGUUGAGUAUAACGGUAAUAUUCCAAAAGAAGAACGUUACAUCAAUGAAGAUAUGCCGCCAGCAGAUGGUGAAAUAAUGAGAUAUCACAGUUCACUGCGGAAUAGUGUUGUUGGACUGUCUGGUAUGGCAAAAUUAUGGAUUGGUAAAGACUAUACAAAUUUUAUUGUAAAGGACUUUCAAAAUCUAGAUCUGCCAUAUCAAGAUCUAGUCGACCGUAAUACUACACCUCGCAUGCCGUGGCACGAUAUUGGUGUGAUGGUUCAAGGUGCUGCAGCACGAGAUUUGGAGAAAGCAAAAUUUAGUAUCCCAUACCCGUAUCUAUUACCAAAGUCAUACAAUAAUCUUGAUAACAUAAAGCCAGUUCUGCUUACUCCAGUGCGUUCUGUUGAUUGUCAGGUAGUCCGAAGCCUUGCUCAGUGGUCUGGAGGAUUCCUAGAACCUGAUACUUUAGAAGAAGGAAUUCAUGAAGCUUAUGUUGACAUUAUUACAAAUGCAAAACAUUAUGUUUAUAUUGAAAACCAAUUCUUUAUUACCCUUGCAUCAACAAGUACCAGUGUUCGAAAUCAAAUAGGAGAAGCCCUAUUUAAACGAAUUUUGAGAGCUCACAAGGAGGAGGCUGUAUUCAGAGUGUUUGUGAUAAUGCCCUUAUUGCCAGGAUUUGAGGGGGAAGUUGGCAGCCCUUCAGGAAGAGCCUUGCAUGCUAUUACUCAUUGGAAUUAUUCUUCCAUUUGUCGCGGUAAAGAAGCUAUUCUAAACAGACUGAAAGAAGCAGGAAUAUCUGAUCCCAUGGAGUACAUAUCUUUUUAUGGGCUUAGAACACAUUCCUCAUUAAAUGGGGACCCGGUGUCUGAAUUGAUUUAUGUUCACUCAAAGUUACUUAUUGUUGAUGACAAUAUUGUCAUUUGUGGUUCAGCAAAUAUAAAUGAUCGAAGUCUUUUGGGAAAACGGGAUUCUGAAAUUGCUGUGGUUUUGAAGGAUUGUGAAUUUGAUGAUGGUGUCAUGAAUGGAAAUCCAUACAGUUCAGGGAAAUUUGCUGGUUCAUUGAGGCGUUACUUAUUUAAGGAACAUUUGGGUAUAUUAGAUGCUCGAUCACCAAAUGACAGCAUUUUCGAUGUUAGAGAUCCUAUUAUUGCAAGUUUCUAUCAUGAUACAUGGAGACAAAUUGCAGCUGAAAACACACGCAUCCAUGAAGAGGUGUUCCAUUGCCUUCCCUCUGAUAGAGCAACUAACUUCUCUACUUUGAAAAAACUUCAGGAGGAAGUGCCUUUAAGUAUAUCAGACAGAGGUGCAGCUAUGAAACUUUUGUCAGGUGUCCAGGGCCACUUGGUGUGCUUGCCAUUGGAAUUCUUGAAAGAUGAAGUAUUAACACCUAAUGCUGUAACAAUGGAAGGAAUCAUGCCUACCUCAUUGUGGACAUAACAAAAUUACUGGAUGUUGUGAUUAUCGUAAAAGCAAUAAAUAUGCCGAGUAAUCUUGCGAAUAUUUUGAUACAUUUUAAAUGUGAAAAUAAUUUUGUAAAUUUGCAUUUCUUGGUGCUCUUAUAGAAGAUCCACUUUUGAGUAUAUAUUUUCAUCUUGCUGUUAGGUAUUCCACAUUGGGUGCCUUAUUUUUGAAAUUCAUUGUUUCAUAUUAGUGUAGUGAAUAGAUUUUAUCAAAUGUUAAUAAGCAAGUUUUACAAACUUUGAAUGAUUUUAAUUGUUGAAGUUUGAUAGUGCCUUAUACAGCAAUGAACAUCAAAUGAAAACAAAAAUGUUGUAUAGUGUAUCUUUGACAUUUUUACUUUGUAUUACAUAUGACAGCUCAAAGCCAUGAAACAUAUCAUUGUAAGAUAAUGCUAGUUUUUAUUUUCAGUAGUAUAUUUUGCUAAAAUGUAUGCGUGAUUAAAGAACAUAUAUUGUGAUAUGAAUAUUUAUGAAGAUGUUAAAUAUAGUUGCUUUUCUUUUGAGUGAUUGUCAUUUGUCUCAUAAAUUGAGAUAAAAUUUUUGUAUUGUCUGUGAUCAACUGUAAGCAAUUUAAUGAUCAAGAAGUAUUAUAUGUGCCUUAUAAGAAGUGUGAAUGUCUUUAUCUUUGUCCAAUGAAACAAUGAAAAACUUUGUGAAAUAUACAAAAUUGUAAAUUGUGUAGAGAAAUUAUUAUUUGUAUUGAUGCUAAAUUUAAAUUUAGUUGUAAGCUGUUUUUUUAUUUUAUGUCCUUUAUAAUGUUUUUAGUCAGUCCAUAUAAUCUUGCUAUUAUGUGGCACAUGGUCAUGUUAGUUUGAGGUUAAAUAUUUACAUAAACUCAUUAUUUAACAGUUUAGGAAAUAUAGUUAUUUCAUUGUUUUGCAGAUCAAAAUAAAUGUUUUUUGAAUUGUUACAUAAUGAGUCUAUGUAAAAAUUUGACCUCAAACGAACAUGACCAUGAGUUACAAAAUUGUUAGACUUAAGUUGACUAUCCAAAAAUAUUAUCAAGGACAUAAAAUAAAAAACUUGAACAUUUCAAUAUAUAAGACAGUGGUAAUUAUAAAACAAAAUCUGGGUGUGUCUGAUCCAUUUUAUAUUGUGGAAAUAUUUUCUGGUAAAGUUUGUUAAAGAUUAUCAUCUAUACCAUGGAAAACUUGUUUUUAGUUGCUGAAACAUUUUAUUGUUAGUUCAAUAAUUACUGAUAAUCAUUGCUCAAGUACUGUAAGUAUAUAGGUUUUCCGGUGUUUUAUUUGCUCUCUAUCGUUAUGAAGGAAUUAUUGUUUUAAAAGUUUAGAGAAGUUUGAUAGCAAAGUGUACAUUGUUGUUGUGGUGAAAUGAAUGAUUCUCAUCGAAGUUCUCAAGUAUAUUAAGCCUCCUAAUAUGCAUUUAUAUUCAUGACAAAUGAUAUUGUGCUGUUCGCUCAAGUAUGAUAGAACCUUGUAGCCUGGUUUCAACACUUCAGGUAUUAAAAUGAACUCGUUAUCAUCAGAUAUUUCACUUUUAUAUUUUAUUUUAUUUUUGGCUUUACCCAGCAGAAUAAGUUAAUGUUUACAAAGAUUCCAUACAUUGAAAAUAUAAUGUACUGAAUUCCAUUUAAUAUUAAUGUACCCUAUCCUCAUUGAUGUCAAUUAUUUAUACAGUGAAUUAUAAUAUUGCUUUGAAUAAGAUCGCAUUAAAUCCUGAAGUGGUUUCUUUUGUCUCUUUGACUUAGUGAAUUACAACAGAUCUUUAUUAUCUUAGUACGAAUUUAUUUUUGUUUGUGUUCUGGUCAUACUGUGUCUCACAUAGAACACUUUUUAAACAAUACUGAGUUAGGUUCUUUGUACCAAUUUUAUAAUAUUUUCAAACCAUGUCUGGUGAAUGGAAAAUUAUCAUGCACUGGCUCUUUUUCUUUGUAUUAAUAAUUGUUUUUGCAAAUUGUCAGUAAUGGGAAUUGUCAGUUUGGGGAACUCCUAAUUUAUUUUUCCUUUGUGCCAUUGACAAGUAAGAAGAUAUAAAAGUGUUCAGGAAAAAAAAUUAAAUCAGUUUCAAAGUUAUUACCCAAAAUAAGUGAAGUAAUUUAAAAAGAAUGUUGAGGUCUUUCAAUCUUGUGUUACGAGAUACAGCAUCUUAUAUCAUGAAACCAUAUGAGGUGUUUUUUGUUCUUUUUCCCUUUCAUCCAUUAGAAAGUUGCAUUAUUGUAAUAACUGAUUAAAUACAUUAGUUUUUCCAGUAAUAGAAAGCAUGAAGUACUAUUUUAAAGAUAGAUAAUAUUCAUUGACUUCGAUUUUGUUGCUCUGGGUAUUACAUUUGUUGACAGGGGUGCCCGGAAGGGGGGAAGGGCAUUGGAGCAACUUGCCUCAGACCACUAGUUAAUUAGGCCCCAAACAUGUGUUUUCAGUUAAAAAAAUAAAAAAAAGUAUUUACUUGUUAUUCAAAUCAACCACUAGAAGUUAUUUCUGUUGUAAGGAGAAAUUAAUUCGGGGGGGAGGGGGACUUGUUCAUAAUAGUGGAUCUACUGCCCCAGGCCUGUCAUUUUCUCUGGACACCCGUGUUUGUUGAUCACUCAUUCUAGUUUAUCAGCCCCUUUCCGAUUUGUCUAUGUGGUAUACAAUGUGCCUGUUUUGGAAGAUUGUUUGACUGUAAACACUCUUCUUCCCUUGUACCUGUUUAAAAAACUGAUUGCAUUUCCAGUUGCACUCAACCAGCUGUAAUAUAGUUUUUUGCUCAUGAUCCAGUUAUCAACUGUUAUUUCUGGAUUAAUUCUAUAAUGUAUAUAGAUGAAGAAAAGGAGAUAAUGUACAUAUUGCAAAGAAUUUGUUUCAUUGUGAUGAACCUUGAUAAGGGUUAAUCUUUAAAUGUUUUGUACAUAUUUUGAAUGAAAUUUGUUUGUGUUUUAGCUGCUUUCUUUUUAUUUUAGUAUUUCUUGUAUUUUUCUGAUAUAUUUGAUUGCUUUUAUAAAUUCUUUUGGUGUUGAUAGUUGUAAGUUCAAUGUAUGUAGACCUAUUUGGCAAACUAUAUUGUAUGCUACUGAUUUUUAAUCAUGUUAAUGGGUACAUGAUGGAUUCUGUUACAAUUUUAUUAAAUGAAGUGGUUGGAUUGUUAUUUUGGUUAUUUUCAUUUGGUGCUUUAAUGGUUUUAUUGGGUUUGCGAUAUUCUAGUUUUUCUUAUUUAAAGUCCAGUGUGUAUUAUUAGAAUGCCUUGCCAGUGCAUACUUUAAGAUGAUUUUCAACAUGUACAAGCAUUAUGGAAUAAUAUGGGGCACUUGAUAUUUCCAGAUAAAAGCUACUGUUGUAAUUGUUACUCCUUUCUGUCUUUUUUCUAAGAAUCCUCAUUUUUGUAUUUUAUUUUAUUAAAUAUACAUUUUAGUGAAAUUGUUGACAUUUGGAUAAUUGGUGCAUUGAAUUGCUUUUAUAAAAGCAAUUAUUUAAAUCUAUGAUUCAUGAAGAACUUGUGAAAUUUGUUAUGUGUCAGUUAAAGAUUUUGUAUAAUAAUUAUCACAUUUAUUUGUUCAACACUAAAAUGAAUUUAUAUUUCUUGAUUGAAACAUUCAAAUGAAUGUUUGUGUGCAAAAAAAGAAAAACAACAGAAGCAGGUGUGUGAUAAGUGUAUUUUUUAGUGUACAUUAAAAAAUUCUUAAUUUUUGGUGUUGAUUUAAUGAAAUACAAUCAAAUUAUUUGAAUUUCAAGUGAUUUUUUUUUUGACACCAGCAGGAACUUUUCAUCACAUGAAAGAACACUGCUUCAUUACCUUGUAGUAAGACAAAAAAAAAAAAAAAUUACAAACUGAAUGU